CUCAGGAUCCUACCCUCAGCCAGGGGAAAUAGACAUGGAGAUUGUGGUCCUCACAUGCUCUUGCUCUCGUCUCCCACUCUUUCUCUUUUCACUUUCUUCACCCUCUUCUCUUCUGCUUUGUCGCUAGACCAUUUUCCCUAGCUUACCUUUCUCAAAGGAAUGGAAGCAAGCAAAGCAGAAGGGAAGAGGAGCAUGAAACAGGUGGCGGCGGAGGAGGAUGGAGAUGAUGAUGAAGAUGUUGGGGAGGAGAGUAAGAAGAGAAGAGCAUUGACCCUCUCCGGAGAAAAGGCCACCGGCAUAUCAGGGUCAAUCCAACCUUCUUGUCAAGUUGAUGACUGCUCUGCUGAUAUGAAGGAUUCCAAGCCAUAUCAUCGUCGCCACAAGGUCUGUGAGCAUCACUCCAAGGCCCCAAUUGUCCUCGUUGCCGGAGUCAGGCAACGCUUCUGUCAGCAAUGCAGCAGGUUUCAUGAUUUAUCAGAGUUUGACGAAGCUAAGAGGAGUUGUCGCAGACGCCUGGCAGGCCACAAUGAACGUCGCCGCAAAAGCUCUUACGACUCCCGUGGAGAAGGGUAAAGCACAGUGAACGGUCACUCAACCGAAGACUGAAGAAGAUACAACCGUUUUGACAAAUUAAAGAUCAUUACCCUCAUCAUUUGUAUGCUCUCUCUCUUCUGUCAAUCCCUGGACUGUUAGAUUAGUAACGUUGACAAUAAGAUUUGUGUGCAUAAAUCCAAAAGUGUACUCUGGUUUCUCCUCGGAUACCAUGUUCGUCUGCAACUA